AUGGCGAGAACCAUGCAAACAGCGAGAAAGACCUGCCCGAGAAUGAGUGUGGCGAGCACUGGUGCCUAUUCGACUCGUUCCCAUGCGCCAACUCCGAACGUACCAGCUGCAAAUGACUAUGUCAACAAGGCUAUCGAGUCCACCGAGGAUGGACGAGACGAUAGCCCACUCGACAUCAUCGACAUUGACUCCUUGGACUCAAUGAGCUCCGAAUCUCGAUCAACAGCCACCACGAAAGCCCAUCAAUCGUCCACUGACUCGAUGGUCGCUGUCGAGGUGGGCACUGGAGAUGAAGCGCAGACCUUCCAUGUGCAUGCUGCGCAGCUGUGCAAGUCGUCUGAGUACCUCAAAACAAAAGCCAAGCCGGAGUGGUCCAAGGGCAAAGCAACCGUCGACCUCUCAUACCAAGAUCCCGGCGCUUUCAACAUCUACGUCAACUGGCUGUAUACCGGUCAGAUCCUCUCCACAAAUGCAAAGAAGUCAAACACCUCGGAGGAGUGGCUCGGGCUGGCACGUGCCUUCACACUCGGCGAGGAGCUCAUUGACCAGGACUUCAAGAACGCAAUCAUGAGCGCCCUCAGCACGACCGCAUCCGGUGCUCAGGUCACCGACUUCCUCGACCGCCUGGGCGAGAUGGUCACCGUCAUCUACGAGGGCUCUGUUGAGGGCUCUCCGGCUCGUAACUUCCUUGUCGAUCGAGGACAGUCCCUCGAGCGCACACAGCUAAGUAAGCUUCGCGGCGAGCUUCAUGCGGACUACACGUUCGAUCUUGCUUUGGCUCGUGCGAAGGUCGAUACUCUGGUCAAGGGCAGCAAGAAGCAUAAGCGUCAGCCGAUCAGCACUGUCAAGGAGGGACUGUGUGACUACCACGAGCACGGAGAUGGAAAGGGGUGUCUGUGA